CUGUUGGCCAUCACCUUAUUUGGACAUGGGUACUUCCACCAAUCAGAAGAAAUAGACAAGAUGCUGCCAGGGAUAGCAGUUCUGUAUGUCCUAGAAGCAGCAACCCUGGUCCUGUCAAUCUUUGGGGUCUAUGGAGCUUGCAAGGAGAAGAAGUGGGCUGUGAUUCUGUUUUCAGUAGGUAUGUCACUGGCCAGCCUAUACCUGUUUGUGGAGUGUGUGAAAGUAUAUCAAGCCAAACACAAGAUGGAGGAGUUAAGCAGAAAGGAAGACCUAGCCAUGAUGCCUCUCAGUGGAGCGAAACAAAACGAUAUAGAACAGAUAUACUACUUUCAAGCUAAUUUCAAAUGCUGUGGGCUCGUACAAGGCUACCAAGACUGGGGCACAGACAUCCCCAUCUCCUGUCUCUGUUCUGAUGAGGACUCAACAGACUUUGAAUGUGUUGCUCGUGGUAACAAUACAAUAUUUGUUAUUCACUAUCCCAACAGUGAUAUGUCUGAGGAUGAUGACCACAAGGGAUUCAUGGAUGAACACAUGCUGGUAUAUAAAGAGCCAUGUCUUCCCAUCCUGCUCUCUUCCAUGGGCUAUGCAAUCAGCCUGAUGAUAGGAACAUUAGUAGCACUGACAGCAUUAUGGGAUGUUGGAGUUGUCCUGGCCAUCACAAUACUCUGCCAGAUGAGAAGAAAGGUUGAUGUGCCACCUGUGAUCUUCACCUCUCAACCACCUCAAUACAGGGAGCUGUGUGACACAGCAGAGAGUGUCUGAAAUGAAAUGGUCCUCUUGUGAAGGAGACUCAAUGCACUAGUCUGAGUGCCAGUCUGUUUGUGCCAUCAUGACAACUCCUGUCACUCAUUUGUGUCAAGCCAAACAUGACAAUGGGGUGACAAAGAGUUGACUUGGCAAUGACAGACUGGCACGAUGGCCUUUAUUUAUCUAGGCAAGUCAGUUACAAACAACUUCUUAUUUACAAUGACGGCCUACUGGGGAACAGUGGGUUAAACUGCCUUGU